AUGGCCGACCUUGUACCCGCAACUGCAUCAGAAUUGUCAGACACUGUAUCACAAUCUUUCCCCCCCAAAGACAAUAUAGAGGAUAAUUCACGGGAAAAGAAGGUUGUACCCAAAGCAAGUCGGCAAAGAUUCAAGCCACAAUUGUCAUGCACCUUUUGUAGAACUCGAAAGUUAAAAUGCGACCGCAAUUCCCCAUGCAACAAUUGCUCCAAGAGAAACUUAUCUCCAUCAUGCACAUAUAUCCACAAUUCACGUGCGAAGACAUCUCAUGCCCAGAGAACCAGAGAGAAACCAAAAGAUGUUCAAGACCGAAUCCAACAACUAGAGGAGCUAGUCGUGAUUUUGAUGAAUCAAGCCAAAGACACAACAGCGCCGCCGAAACCAACCAUCUCACCUGGCUCUCGAAGCUCUACGAUCAAGCCCCGAGAACUUUCAUGGCCAGAUGAUGCUACGAUAUCUGAAAGUGCGGAUUCCAUCGGACGCAUAUCUGUCGAAGAUGAGGUGCAAAAUUAUGUCGGCGGAGCCCAUUGGGCGGCAAUACUCGAGAAUAUAGCCGGCUUGAAGGAAUCAUUGGGAUCUGAGGAAUGGCCACAGGGAAUAGCUAGUGGAAAGAAUACUUAUGAAGGGCCUGAGCUACUUCUUGGAGACAACAGAAAGUCCUCAAGGGAAUCUAUUCUUGCUUGUCUGCCGUCGAAACCUCUAGUUGAUAAUUUGGUCGAUCGCUACUUCACUGCGAUUGACGCUUCCUUUAUCACUCAUGUGCCGACGUUCAAAAAGGAGUAUGCUGAGUUUUGGGAUAAUCCCAACUCAAAAUCUAUUUCCUGGAUUGGAUUACUAUUUUCUAUAAUAUGCCUCGCCACGAAUUUUGAACUAAGAGCAGGAGAUUUCCCGAUCACAGCUCUAUCAGACUCGGCAAUACGAGACACAGAACAGCGGACCAGAUUAUAUCGUGAGAAAACUGUACAGUGCCUCAUAAGUAGUAACUACACGGAACCAGGACUGUACACUGUCGACACUCUUUUACUUUAUUAUCUCAGUGAGUAUUGCGAAAGCAAGGAUACACUAUUUGGGUCUUGGAUGGUUUUUGGGAUGGUUGUCCGUGCAGCGAUGCGGAUGGGUAUGCACCGAGAUGCCUCUCAUUAUCCCAAUAUAUCAGUUUUCCGCGGUGAGAUGCAACGUCGAGUAUGGGGUGCAAUAUUACUUGUUGAUAUUCAGACUUCAUGUCAAGUCGGACUUCCUCGAAUGAUAAGCGAAGGGACGUAUGAUACAAAGCCCCCCAAUCACCUCCUAGACGAAGAUCUUCAUGAAAAUAUGGUUGCAUUACCGCCCAUCAGAUUGGAGUAUGAAUCAUCACCUAUAAGCCACGCACUCUCUAAAUAUCGCCUUCUUUUGAUAUUUGGUAAAAUAUUUGACACGUCGAAUCUUGUCACUCCCAUCUCUAAUGAUGAAGUCAUGAGACUGGAAAAAUUGCUCUUUGAAGCUCUUGGAGAGAUCCCGGAUUUUUUUCGAGUCAGAUCCAUCCACGAUCUCGAAAACGGUUCUCUUAUGUUCAGAGUAAGGAAGUUCUCGAUUGAAAUGACUUAUCUUAAAGCACGUUGUUUUCUUCAUCGUAAAUUUCUCUCGGAAGCCGAAUCAUUGCAGAAGCACUCUUACUCUGUUAAAGCGUGCGUCGAUUCUUCAAUGCUGAUUCUACAAUAUCAAAAUUAUAUGACAACCGAGACAGCCCAGGGUUCUUCUUUACACGGCAUGGGCAUGAGAUGGAUUACAUCUUCUUUAAUGACUUACGAUUUCCUCUUAGCUGCAACACUUCUUUGUCUUUAUCUUGGGCAGUUGAUGGCUGCCGAAGAAAAAUCUAUGGAUAUCAACCUUCAGGAUUUUCCAAUCGACUGGACUAUAAAAGAUAUUUCGCACGCUUUAUCCAACUCUUACCGAAUAUGGAACAAUCCCGAGAUUGCAUCGGAAGACACCAUGAAAUUUUCGAAGGUACUGAAGGCCAUGGUAAACAAAGUUGAUCACUGGUCUACCGUAAAAAAAACCCAAAGAGAGGUUGCAAAGGACAUGACGAAUGAAUUUAACCCAAAUACCUUACCCUCUAAGCAUCACGAGGUUCUUUCCACUUCCGUUCCGCGCCAAAGCUAUCCCAUAAAUUAUUCUACUCCAAACAUGUAUUCCUUGCAAUCAAACAGCUUCGAGGAAACCCCAAGUGAGUCUUCCACACCAAAUAUUGGUAUGAUAGGAGACAUUUUGAAUGAUCCAACCGGUCUCGAUUGGAGUCUUUGGGAUAGCAAUUUCCAAGGUAAUAGCAAUUAUAUUGAUCCAGGAGCUUCGUUGUGUUCUUCCGAUCCGUACUUUCCUUUUCAGGCAGCUGGAUUUGAGUCCAAUCUGGACGGCAGUUGA